AUGCCGGGUUUUUUUUCUUCAUCAAUCUAUAAAGGCCUUGUUUCCUGCAAUGAUACCAAACUAAUGCCAGAUGGAACAUUCCCCCUGACAGCUCUAGCAAGUUAUCCAGGUUCUGGUAAUACAUGGGUGAGACAUCUUAUAGAGACAUCAACCGGAUACGCCACGGGACAUGUGGCACCAAGCUACAUACUCGUCAAUGCAGGUUUUAUAGGUGAAAGGGUUCCAACCUUCUCUGGGAGAACUUUGACAAUCAAGUCACAUCGUUUUCAUCCUAAAAUGGAUAGUGCUAUUUUAAUUGUACGUAAUCCAUAUCGAGCAAUGGUGGCCGAGUUUAACAGACAGAAAUCGAAUAAGACUGGAUUUGCAAAGGACGGCGUGUUCAAAACAGAAGGAUGGAGUAAUUUCGUCAAGAAUCAAGCCCCAAAAUGGUUUAAGCUCUACGAGAGAUACAUCUUAGAAUGCAACCACUUGGGCCACACCUGCAAGUCGAUGUUAAUCGUGUACUAUGAACAACUCCAACUUCACCUUAAGGAUGAACUGCGACGAAUAUUGAAUUAUCUUAACGUAACGAUUGAUGAAGAAAGACUUGCAUGUACAGUAAGAAAUUCAGAGGGACAAUUUCACAGACCAAAGUUGAAUAAAACACUGGAUCUGUUUUCACAGGUAGACAGGAGUCCCGUGGAAGAAUCUUUGAAAAAAUAUCUUGAAUUGAUUAAACAAGAGGGCUUGGAGAAACCACCAUUAGAACUAAGCUCAUUUCCUAAUGAUAUAUAAUUGUAGAACCAAGGCAUUUUAUAGGGUUUUUUUUUUCCACCAGGGUACAUAGUCUUAAAGGUCAAGUCCACCUCAGAAAAAUGUUGAUUUGGAUCCAUAGAGAAAAAUCAGACAAGCAUAAUGCUGAAAAUUCCAUCAAAAUCAUGAAAAUCGGAUGUAAAAUAAUAAAGUUAUGACAUUUUAAAAUUUCGCUUAUUUUUCACGAAAUAGUUAUAUGCACAAUUUAGUCAAAUGCAAAUGAGAGAAUCGAUGAUGUCCCUCACUAUUUCUUUUGUUUUUUUUAUUGUUUGGAUUAUACAAUAUUUCUAUUUUUACAGAUUUGACAAAAAGCAUGAUAAGGACCAACUUGACUGAACCAUAAAAUGUUAACCAAUGGUAAUAAAGUUCAGGGAGAAAUAAAACUUUGUUUCACAGGACAAUGAGGAGAAAAUUGAAAUAUUUCUUAUUUCAUGAACUAAUAUACAAAAGAAAUAGUGAGUGAGUGAUGUCAUCACCUCAUUUGCAUACUGGCCAGGAUGUGCAGAGUAUACUGUUAUGUGAAAUUAAACGAAACUUAAAAAUGACAUAACUUUGUUAUUUUACAUCCAAUUUUGAUGAAAUUUUCAGUGUUAUGUUUGUUGGAUUUUUCUCUUUUUAUUCAAAUCAACUCUUUGUUGGGGUGGACUUGUCCUUUAACAUCGACAAGUGGUCAUGACCACCCGCGUAGCCAGGAUUUAACUUUGGAGGGGACGAUAAGUGACCGCGAAGCGUGCCAACACUAGAGGGGGGAGAUCAGCUCGAAUUCAAUUGACUUGGUGUGGUUGAAAAAAAAAUUAUGUACGCUCCAAAAGAGGAAAAGUUUUAGGGAAAUUGAAAUGUUCCUCUUAAACAGUUUAUAAAAUAAUUGAGAAGAGAAAAGGGCAUUCACUUGACAUAUUGAAACAACAGUUUCGACAUUCGCGACCCCAAAUAGAAACUAAAAAGAAACUCAAUAGAUGCUGCUUAUGGGUCAUUGAUUUCGUUAGUUGUAUUUUUCUAUACAUACAUGUAUUAUAUCACUAUAGGCUUAUUCCUCCAUUGCACUCAUCAUCAAAAAAAAAAAUCUGUUUUCAAUAUCAGUUGUCUGUAUAUUGUCGAGGCACAUUUAAUUGAUUAGAUUCGUGUACUUGCACUCUGAAAAUGAGUUGUUAAAUCAACAUGAGAAAGGUUGUAGGAGUGACAACCUUUUCCAAAUGUUAUAUCAAACCUUGUAUAAAGCUGAAUCCAUCAUUUUAAGUGUUGGCUCGAACCAUUUAAAGCGCCAAAUCCAACAUUUGGAAAAUGUUGUCACCCCUCCAACCCACUUGCGGAUC